AUGUCUCUCACAUUCAACUUCAGUGGUAAAGUAGUACUGAUCACAGGCUCGAGUUCAGGUAUCGGUGCCGCCACUGCCGUACAGUUCUCCAGAGCCGGUGCUAAUGUUGUGGUCACCGGUAGACGAGCCGAUAAAGUGUCAGAAGUGGCCAAAGAGUGUCUCAAAGUAUCACCGAAACAGUCGAAAGCACUGGAAGUGGUGGCGGAUGUGACUAAACCGGAAGACUUGCGACGACUUGUGGACACAACUGUCAAACACUUCGGGAAACUCGAUGUUUUGGUCAAUAACGCUGGCGCCGGUGUUUUCGCUAAAAUUGAAGGAAAGGAUUUUUACGAUAAAUUUCAAAAAGCAAUGCAAAUAAAUCUCAAUUCUGUGGUCUAUUUAACGCAUAUAUGUGUCGAGCAUUUGGAGAAAACUAAGGGAAAUAUAGUCAACAUCUCGAGUGUCGCCGGGAAGAGAGCUGUAACGGCUUUUAGUCCCUAUUGUGUGGCAAAGUGUGCUCUGGAUAUGUUCACCAAAUGUAUGGCCGCGGAGUUGGGACCCAAACGUAUCCGCGUUAAUGUUAUCAACCCUGGUCCAAUUAGCACUGAAUUUGCGGCUGCAACAGGUAUACCACAGCAUAUAUUGGACAAACAUAGACAGGAUUUCGUAGCGAAAAUGCCAAUAAGCCGGGUCGGCGAGUCCGAGGAAGUGGGGGACGCCAUACUAUACCUGGCCAGUGACCAUGCUGCUUUUGUCACCGGCACUAACCUCAUUGUGGAUGGAGGUGUUAUAGCAGGCUGGUGUGCCGAUCUCAAUGAGCUGACUCUAACUAUACCAGAAAAAUAG